GAAGCCACUCGGGCGGUGUCGUCAGUGAUGAUAGAGCGCUCGAGCCACGUCUGUGAGUUGGAGAGAUUAGUGUAAAACGCGGUGUUUCAGUGGGAUUUAUUUCACCGUUGCACGUUAUUUCGACCAGGAGUGGAUUUCUUUUGGUUAAACCCGAGCCUCGUUGAUGUUUUUCUUUUUACCCCCCAAGAAAGCUGUAUUGUUGAGCUAACACGGCUAGCCGUCGUUAGCUACACUUUUUUUUUUCUUCACGCGAAGGAAAAGGAAGGAAGGAUUUUCACGGCCCUGCUCUGACCGGACUCCAUACAAGUUUGCCAAAGUGGUGUUUGCCUUGGCCAAAACUCUGGAGCAGACCUGAUGGGAACAUUAUGUCUUAAGCACCAUGAGGCUCCUUUAGAUCACUGGAGAAUCAGUUUCACAUAAAUGAUUGGACUGUUGCAGGAGGAAGACUGCAGCAUGGUGUCUUGUUAAAUCGAUAGGAUUCAGAGAAAUAGUUUCCACCACAGAUAAAUUUCUUGGUGCUGCUGCUACUCGAGUGGUGUGUAAAGGAGAAAAAAUAUUGUAAAUUCGACGUGUAAAACCUAGCUAUUUUAUAUCUGCUAAGAUAACAAGAUGAGCGCAGAAGGAUAUCAGUACAGAGCACUAUAUGAUUAUAAGAAGGAGAGAGAGGAGGACAUUGACCUGCACAUUGGGGACAUACUCAUAGUGAGUAAAGGCGCCUUGUUAGCACUCGGCUACACUGAAGGACUGGCAGAGAGGCCGGAGGACAUAGGCUGGCUACCCGGGUAUAAUGAGAUGACUCAGGAAAAGGGGGACUUCCCUGGUACCUAUGUGGAGUUCAUUGGGAAGAAAAAGAUUUCUCCUCCGACCCCAAAGCCCCGGCCUCCCAGGCCUCUUCCUGUGGCACCCGGGCCAGCCAGGAAUGACUCGGACUGUGAGCAAGCAGGUCCCAGCACUUUGCCAGAUCUGACCGAGCAGUUUGCACUUCCAGACAUGGCCCCGCCCAUGCUGCUCAAACUGCUGGAGGCCAUUGAGAGGAAAGGCCUGGACAACCCUACGCUGUACAGAAACUUCACUGCUGGAGGAGGCCUGGACAUACGGCAGUGUUUUGACGCUGACGGCCCAGCCGUAGAUUUGGAGCAGCUUGACCUGCAGACACUGUGUGACAGCCUGAGACGAUACCUGCUGGAUUUGCCCCAGCCGGUGAUCCAUUCUUCAAUCUACACUGAGAUGGUACACAUUUCUCAAGAGGUUCAGGGCAUGGAGGAAUGCGCAGAGCACCUGCGGAGACUUGCUGCUUCGUCCGUUUUGCCGCCUCAGUACUGGCUGACGCUGCAGUGUCUGCUGAGACACCUUGCUCGCGUGUGCCAGGCCUCGGCCGCCAACCUGCUGAAUGCCCGCACCCUCGCCGAGAUCUUCAGCCCUGCACUAUUCCGGCAGCAAGCAACCAGCUGUGAGCCCAGCCCUGAGACGCACAUUAGGAUCGUUGAAGUCUUGGUGACCAGUGAAUGGAGCAGCAGCCAGGCAGCUCCAGCACUACCUCCGAAACCACCCAAAACAACGCCUGUCACUAACAACGGUAUGAACAACAAUAUGGCUCUACAGGAUGCCGAAUGGUACUGGGGGGACAUUUCGAGGGAGGAGGUCAACGAGAAGCUAAGAGACACAGCUGAUGGAACAUUUUUGGUUCGUGACGCCUCCACGAAAAUGCACGGAGACUACACCCUUACUCUGAGGAAAGGAGGUAACAACAAGCUGAUCAAAAUUUUCCAUCGCGAUGGCAAGUACGGUUUCUCAGAUCCUUUGACUUUCAACUCUGUGGUCGAGCUGAUCAAUCACUAUCGGCACGAGUCCCUCGCCCAAUACAACCCCAAACUAGAUGUGAAACUGCUGUAUCCUGUGUCUAAGCACCAACAGGAUCAAGUGGUAAAAGAGGACAACAUUGAAGCAGUGGGUAAGAAGUUGCACGAAUACCACUUGCAGUACCAAGAGAAGAACAGGGAGUACGACCGGCUGUAUGAGGAGUACACCAGGACGUCACAGGAGAUCCAGAUGAAAAGAACCGCUAUUGAAGCUUUUAACGAGACCAUCAAGAUCUUCGAGGAGCAGUGUCAGACGCAAGAACGCUACAGCAAAGAGUACAUCGAGAAGUUUAGGAGAGAAGGCAACGAGAAGGAGAUCCAGAGGAUAAUGGUGAACUACGAGAAGCUGAAGUCCCGCAUCAGCGAGAUCGUAGACAGCAAGCGUCGCUUGGAGGAGGACCUGAAGAAGCAGGCGGCCGACUACAGGGAGAUCGACAAGAGGAUGAACAGCAUCAAGCCUGACCUCAUCCAGCUCAGGAAGACCAGGGAUCAGUACCUCAUGUGGUUGACACAGAAGGGCGUCAGGCAAAAGAAGCUCAACGAGUGGCUGGGAAUCAAAAACGAGAACCAGGAAGAUCAAUACCCUAUGGUGGAUGACGACGAGGACCUGCCGCACCACGACGAGCGCUCCUGGAAGCUCGGGAACAUUAACCGCAUUCAAGCGGAGGCGCUUCUACGCGGUAAAAAAGAUGGAACAUUCCUGGUCCGAGACAGUAGCAAGCCGGGCUGCUACGCCUGCAGUGUCGUCGUGGACAGCGAGGUCAAGCACUGCGUCAUCAAUAAAACUCCCACAGGCUUCGGUUUCGCCGAACCGUACAACCUGUACAGCUCGCUGAAGGAACUGGUCUUGCACUACCAGCACACGUCUCUGGUUCAGCACAACGACUCUCUGAAUGUCACGUUAGCAUACCCGGUUUACGCACACCCACGGCGAUGAGGACUCACGGACACUGACAUCGUCGGGACUUUCAUUGUGAUGCUCAUUUUGGAGCUUAGAAUAAGAAGGAGGAGGAGAAAAAAAAGGCCUCAGCUCCUGCAGCGAUGCCUCCACUUUGGAUUCAGGACAGAGUGCUGGUUUUUCGCCCCAAAAAGCAGACAUUUCAGCCUAGACCUUGAGGAGUCGUAUCGUUUUUCCCUCAGCGUCAAGCAGAAACUGCUGAACUUUGAUCUCUCCCAAAAUGGAGGACGAUGGAGGCCUUUUCUCAAAAUGGUGCUUGUUCAUUUCAAAGCUUUACCCACUGCUGGAAUGUGGAACGCUCGUGACUAUGACCUCUGGAGUGCAACUUUUAUUUGAAAUUGCUUCUCAGAGAGUUAUACCUGUGCGCGUGGGUGGGGGUGUGUGUGUAUGUAUGCGAGUGAGUGCGUGCGUGUGUGUGUGUGGACGUGAUGUGACCAAAACUCACAGUAUCUAAAAGCUAUUCGUCAUUGGCGUGUUCAAGGUGACGAUGUGAACAGACCAUGGAAUCAGCUGAUCAAUGUAGCAAGAUGGCACUUUCAAAACAGUAUAUUUUGUGUUUUUGUUUUUGUUUCCUUUUUCUUUUUUCGUCACAUAAAGGACUGUGAACAAGCAAAAGAUUUGAACAUCUCGAUUUAAAUGAGCAAAAAAACAGAACGGGGACAGGAUGCGUGGCAUUUUAUUCUGCAAGCAUUACGGUGACUGCUUUUUAUGGACUAGCAAGGCACGCAAAGGAACUUAAAAAAGAUUCAUUUUUGUAUAUAUGAACUUAAAGAAAAAGAGAAAAAAAACGUGAUUGAAACCAUGUUGUACCAAAAACAGCGCUCAGUUCCUUCUCAGUUGUAUUCAAACGUGCUAUGCAAAUUCUGUUUCUCCCUUUCUCCUCUGCAGAUGUGAUUUUAUUUUACACGUUGCUACCCGUAAUAUAAUUUUCUCUCUUUUUUUGUUUUUACAGCUUUAACCUUUUUUUUUUUUUUUUAAUGGUAGUCUAUAAGAAAAUAUUUUAAGUGUCGAAACUACCAAGAAAAAGAUGGCUUCAGUUUUCAGAUAAAUGAUAAAAGUACUUUAUUACGAAUUUCUUGAUUAGAUUGAACAGAUGAGUAUUUUAUUAGGGUUUUUUUCCACACUUUGAGCUUACUAUUUUUUUCUAGGCAGAGCCUAGAGGACUUUAGUGCUGCUUCUUGUCAAUAAUAUCGUAAAUCUUGAAUUGGAUCAUGUACAUUUUCACACUUCAGAGACUCAUAGACAUUUUGAAGCUUUUCGGGAAUUCAAAAGCUCAGUUAUUAUUUUAUUUUUUUAUUAUUAUUAUUAUUUUGAGAUUAACUUUCCAGCCAAUGUAGAGCGAGGCAAACUGAAUUCCCGUUAAUUUUUCGAUGAAUGAAGAACACAUCUUUAUUCCUUAUCCAUAUCAUUUUUCUGUAUCAGAAAAAAACUCACUGGUGUUUACACGACCGAGUCAGGAUCUGUAUUUUGACUCGCACCCCCGUAUAUACUAAUCUGCUUUUCAGUCAAAGCUGGUAAACGCUAGUUCUUCCAUUUGCAGCUUUUUUUGUUGUUGUUGUUUUUCUUAGAUUUUUUUUUUUCCUAACUGCCAGCUGAAUGGCUCCAUUCUGUCAUCUGCUGUCUUUAUAAUUCCUCAUCAGAGAUUACAGUAUUCUAAGCUUUAUGACUGGUGAAGACUUCGGCAUAGAGGCUUGCCUCCAGCCACACUCGUGUCUAUAUUGCAGUUAUGCAUCCGAUGAUAUUUUGCAUAAAUAAAAACAUCAUUGUGAACCAAUAA